AGCACCGUGUCACAUCAUAUGCUAGGCAAAGUUUCUGAGAAAGGGUAUGGUGUUGUAGAAGAAAAAUAUACAUGGGUGUAUCGAUUGCCUCAUCCUGCGGACGUGUGAAUCGGUUUUAGGUGGCACGACAGCGCAGACCUUCGCGCAUAAUCAAUCGCGAAGUGCCGACCUAGAGGACGAGAGUUACAAGACGACUAUCAGCAGAAUGCGGGAGGUUGCAAUGCGACACAGUCUCUUAUGAGUAUGAUGAUGAAUUCAGUUUUGUUUCACACACACACGUGAACUUUCGUAGUCAGCGACAAAGCACUUCUGCUUCAAACAAGAACUAAGCUUGAUGGUAAAAAUCACGAAUAUCAAUGGACCUCAUCUUCCGUCAUUACACAAUUGAUUCUCUUCAUUUACAAAGGUACUUUUCUAAUAUUUCGCUUGGGCGGUUUCCUGCUGCUGGCGCGCCUUGGCUUGGUUCACGGUAUCAGCAGCGCUCAAGAGAAACAUGUCUCCAUCGGAUGGGAUGGAGAUGCGGACGAUAUCAGGGAUUCAAAUAACGCAACAGCUUUGCUGCAAGUAUCAAUGCAGGCGGGAACAAAACCAGCAUCAGUGCCUGGCAGCUCUGCCAUGUAAGUCAAUAAUCUGAUACUCUCUUGUGAAGAAACUGAUGAAUCUGAUACUCUCUUGUGAAGAAACUGAUGAAUCUGAAUCUGAUACUCUCUUGUGAAGAAACUGAUGAAUCUGAUACUCUCUUGUGAAGAAAAUCUGACGAAUCUGAUACUCUCUUGUGAAGUAAGCGAUAGUCUUUUCAAACUCGUCUUGCUCUGAUGAUAUAUGUUCUGCGUCGAUCAUGAACAUGUACAAACCCACUCAUUUCAGGACGCAACCCAUGGCAACCGUGCUGGGCAGCGCUUCGAUGCAAUCUGAUGUACUCGGCGGAGAAGAUUCCGAUUCGGAUGGAGACCUUCACUUUGCGAGUUGGGACGUCGUCGGUGUCGGGGAGAAGCCCGAAUCUCAAGUAUCAGGGAAGGACAGCCCUUCCAUGUAAGUCAAUGAUCUGAUACUCUCUUGUGAAGAAACUGAUGAAUCUAAUACCCUCUGGUGAAGAAACUCUGACGAAUCUGAUACUCUCUUGUGAAGUAAGCGAUAGUCUUUUCAAACUCGUCUUGCUCUGAUAAUUUUUGCUCUGCCUCGUUCAUGAACAUGUAUUAACUCACUCAUUUCAGGAUGAAACUGGAAGCCGCGCUGAGCGUUGCGAAGAGAGACGCGUUGCGGGAGUUCGGUAAUUAUCAAGGAGGGGACGACGACGAUUCUGAUUCUGCUCCGCGCAAAUUAGUCUUGACGUUCGAAGGUUACUUAGAAGUGCUUGGCUUUUUUGCUGAUAUGCACGAGCCGUUGGAGGUUGUAGGGUUGGCGGAUAAACUACUCAGCAAAAUGAUGGCAGAGACUUAUCAUCUGGAUUUCGCUAACGGCAAAUCCACUUUACCUUCCUUACCUACGCGGUCUGCAACGUUUCACAAUUAUGACUGUAGAAGCUACCCAGGAACCGUUCGCUAGAAGUCGUAUUGUGUCCGUAUUUUUUCUCGUCGAACUGCAACCUUUAUAUAUUUAUCCGUGGCAAGUGAAGUAUUUUCUUCCUCCGAAAUCCACAUUGCUGUGCAUUGACUUCGUCCUUUAAUCGGUGUCGCAACACAUCUUGUUCUUGUCGUUUGAGGACAUUUGUGAGUGAGUGGUGGUGACUGCAAAGACUCACUUUAAAACUAUGAUGGCACCUUCGUGUUGGUAUUUCUUUGUAUUUUCAUUGAGGAUACCCAUACCGCAAUCCGUUCUAACGAAAUCCGGAAUUGAAGGAAGCUAUUGCGACAACAAUGCCAGGAGAUUCCACAAGUGCGAACCAGCAAUAUGAAGAUGCGGUAAAAUCUUUGAAGACAGCCCUGGCGCUGGUGUCAUCUUCACACAGAGUUAUGUCCAAUUUUUUUGCUGUAGAGUAGAGUUGACCACUAUGACCAUAAAGAACAUCACGACGCCAGGAAGACGCGCCUCUCUUGAUUGUAAGUGCAGUGACUCAUACCCAACAUCAGAUGUUUCGGGCAACGCCAUUAAUUUGGUAUUUCUAGCUGAAUUAAGCGAUGAUCUUCAAAAGCCCUGUUUGUUUCUCUUUCACACUGUCCUCUAAUCUCAGCGAUGCUCUCUUUCUCACCUGUUCGUGGCUACUUGUCGUCUUGAAGAGGAUGGCCGUCUGCCGUGCACUUGACACUAUGGCAGCUCCUGCAAGAGGAGAUACAAGGUAAGUCAUUUACAACUUUCUUAUCUUGUAGUGUUAGGAGUGUCCACCUGAAAACACUUGCAAUUUUCAUUUUUGUCAGACAUCAAGAAGGUGACAGAUGCGAGCAAAGUCAGAGAUCUACGCUUAGGGUUACCCUGUGGUCUUACUAGAAGCAAAGCUUUGCAUUUCUGGCGCCCCCUCUUCCCUUGCGUAGGUCAUCUUACCCACCUACUUCCAAGUCCACACUCUUUCUCUCAUCAACGAUAUCUUUCCCACAAUCGUCAGGAUGGCGAACCGUACCCACCUACUUCCAAGUCCACACUCGUUCUCUCAUCAACGAUAUCUUUCCCACAAUCGUCAGGAUGGCGAACCGUUGGAGACAACUGCAACGUAAUCUACCGAAUGAUGUAACGACUGACGCUCUAAUCAGGCUGAUUGUCGAUCUAAGGAAGCUGUAUGAAGGUUAUGCUCUUGACAGUAAUGUAACUACGCGCAAAGUGUGGCAACCAAAAAAGCUUCAGGCGAAGAAAUCCCCGCCACCUGUAGUUUUCAUGUAGAAGUGGCGCGUAGGAGCACUGUUUUUUUGUCUCAAUUUUCUAUCAUGCGUGGAGGCUUUGUCUUCUCCAGCCGAUGGCUACCGGCUUGAAGUGGACCGGGAGGGUGACUCGUUUUUCCCAACUAAGUUAGAGACGACCGACAUUCUCAUAUUCAAGAGGAGGGAGCGUGGGAGUCUCAGUGUACUUCUUCUUCAGUGUGAUUCCACUUUUGCAUCUAUAUACGUCUAAUAUUGUGAGCCAGCACGAUAAGCCCGAAAUAUAUUCUCCGCACUCCUGCGCAACAUUUGAAGACGCAGAUGACUGACAUGUAGUAUCCCAGUCCCUUCUUUAGCGCGGUGCUUCUAGUUUCUAAUGUAAAUAAUCACAGACUUCUCCUGAUUCGAUGUCUGCUCUCAGUCGAUGGGUCCUGUUAUGUCGGAGGGUGCAGGAGUGCCAAGCGCAGCCAGCAGGAGUGCGAAGCGCAGCAGCACUAGAGAGCGCCGGAGUAGGUGUAAGCGAUCAAUCUAGCAAUCCAAUCCCUGAGUUGAUCGUGCUGGUGAGCACCUAGACCCUGAAACCUUUGAGCAGGAAGAUCACCAGGAUAAGGCUCAAGGAUCGCGAUAAGGCUCCAAGAUCCCAGGCAAAUGAAUCCCAUGAAGCCGAUGACACCAAUAAAAUCCCCGACGCAGCUCCCCCCUAAUUUCAUGCAUAUCCGCACCAAAAGCCUUGAGCUAUUUGAUUUGUAUGAACCUCAAGACCUUACAGGCCUAGGGGUUUAAGCUUUUGCAUUUGUAUAGCAUUCCGAUUAGGAUCGACGCGGAGCAGUAUAGAAGUUGCUGCCUUAUUGUGUUCGUAUUCUAAUAGAGUUAUAAGCCCUCUCACACUAGAAAAACUGCACUAGAUUCGAAGCGUCGCCUGGUUUGUUUUCGUUCUGAUUGUGUUCCUGCACCUGCUUAAAAAUUGCAUCAUAUGCCACCGACUGGCCUCCGAU